AUGGCGAUUGUGCUGGAAUCGUGGUGGGGAGCUACAGCGGGCCUGUUCUUAGUACUGUCCGUCGCUGUCUACCUCUAUUUCCUCUCCUGGUAUUCCUACUGGACGAAAAGGGGCGUUCCACAGGCCGAAGCAGUUUUCCCUUUCGGGAGUGUGGAAAAAGAGGCUUUAUUCGGAAAGAAGCGAGUUGAACUUCAGCUACACGAAAUCUACAAACGAUACCGAGACAAGCCCUUCCUCGGGAUUUACGUACUCUUCGCACCAGCCUUCCUGGUCUUCGACCCAGAUAUCAUUCGCGACGUUCUGGUCAAGGACUUCGACGCCUUCCAGGACAGGUGCAUACCGUUCGAUGACAGCGAGCCGCUCAACCACCACCUGCUGUUCCUUAACGGCAGCAAGUGGAAGAGGCUGCGCUCCAAGCUGACCCCGGCGUUUACCUCGGGGAAAUUAAAAAUGAUGUUCGAGACGAUAGACAGAUGCGGCCGCGAGAUGGUGGAAGUCCUGGACGAUGCAGCGAGGAGGGAACAAGUAGUAGAGAUUCGCGACGUUUCGGCCAGGUUCACGAUAGACGUCAUCGGGAGCGUCGCCUUCGGCGUUGAGUGCAACUGCCAGCGCAAUCCGGACGCCGAGUUUCGGGUGUGGGGCCGCAAACUGUUCGAGUUCUACACGUCGGACAGGGUGGAACAGCUGUUACUUGCUAUCCAUCCACCUACUGCGAAACUCUUCAGGGCGUUUAUAGGGAGGAAGGACGUUCUGAAGUAUUUCGAGGAUAUGGUGAGGGAUACAGUGACUUACCGAGAGCGUAACAAGGUGGAACGCAAUGAUUUCAUGCACAUGCUGAUACAGCUCAAGAACAGAGGCUUCAUGGACGACGAGAAGUCCGGCAGUGCAAAGACCCAAGACGACGAAAACAGUAACUGGAAGCUAUCCGACGGAGACUUGGCGGCUCAGGCUGUGCUGUUCUUCGCGGCGGGCUUCGAGACGUCGUCGACGACGAUGAGCUACGCGCUGUACGAGCUGGCCCUCAACCCGGAGGUGCAGCGGCGGCUCCAACAGGAGGUGGACGAAACCCUGCAGAGGACGGGCGGCCGCUUCACGUACGACGCCGUCAUGGGGAUGCCCUACCUCGACAAGGUCGUCUCAGAGACCUUGAGGAAGUACCCGCCGGUGGCGGUCCUCCCACGUAAGACCACCCGCCCGUACCAGAUUCGAGGCACCAAGGUGGUCAUCGACAAGGACAUGGGGGUCGCGGUGUCCAACUACGCACUGCACCAUGACCCCAAGUACUAUCCUGACCCGGAGCGUUUUGACCCGGAGCGCUUCUCCGAGGAGGAGAAAGCCAAGAGGCAUCCCUACGUGUAUCUUCCCUUCGGUGAGGGACCACGCAAUUGCGUAGGCAUGAGACUGGGUCUCCUGCAGUCCAAAAUCGGCCUCGCUCACCUGAUGUCAAAGAUCGAAUUCCAGAAAUGCGAUGAGACUGAAAUUCCAAUUGAAUUCGAUCCACUAACCAUAGUGUUUAUGCCCGCAACUGGGCUUCAUCUGCGAGCGAAGAAGAGAUCUGUGUGA